AUGGGAGAUCCAUUACUGCUGCUGUCAUAUCAUUGCAGCGAAACUUUAAUUUGUGUAACAGAAGAAACUGAUAGGUCAAGAAUAGAUUCCAAGGAAAAUAGAGUAAUGGUUGUAGAAUCCUCAUCCUGCUACAAGUUGCAAGCUCCUACACAGUUCGUAAUUAUGAACAGUGGUCCAAGUUUUGCCAUGAAAAUUGGAACUUUUUUGUUGGUUGUUGAGUAUCAUAGUAGAGACAUCAUUUGUUGUACCAAUUUCAAUUCUACCCAACAACGAUCCAGCAAAGUAUUGGAUUCUUGUGGUAGAACUAAGGCUAAAAAAUUGACGGUUUUUGCCGCCGUCCACGUUUGCAGUAUCUUCCAGAGGAAUGGAAGGACAUCUUUAGCAGCUGCUUUAACAAAUGUUUGA